GGCAGUCCAAAGUUUCGGGGAUUUCCGUGGAUAGAUGCUGCGGUCGAUACUACGGGCGGGGCGACCGAUCCGCGCGGCCGCCGGCGAUGGGCCGGGUGAACUGCUGAGGGCGCGAAUCGGAGAGCGGGAGCGCUGGCGGCGGGGGCGGCGGGACCCGGCCAAGGACGAGUUCUUCGUGCCGGUGCGGGAGUCCGCCAAGUGGCUUGACACGCUUACCUGGCCCAUGGCCCUUACUGCCAUCGCCGUCGCCCUCUUCGCCAAGGUUCUCAUGAUGAUUGAUGAAUCUAAGGCCGAAGAGAGAAUGGAGCGCAAAAUACAAAAAGGCCCUAAGGGUCAAGGAACUGUUAGAAUGCUUUCUCGCGAAGAGUGGGAUGCAAUCCAGGAAUUACGGCCAAGAACUCCUUUUGAGUCUAGGUUUGCUCGUCCAAAUGCACGCAUUAGAACUGGAGAGCCAGUAAAGUUGGAGGAUGUUAAAGAUUGGACCAUCGAUGUGUUCAGAGAUGCUUUUACAAGAGCAGAAGAAAGUGUCAAGCGAAAGAAAACCGAUAGCUAGCUUCAUAGCGCACACUGGCUCAUUUGUAGGAGAAUAUGCAGAAAUGAAAGUUACUAUGCGGUUGUAUGGUUCAUCACUGGAUCAACUCCUCCUGGUCCAUGUCAGAUAUGAGAAGUUGAAGAAACCCAUCUGAGGAUGCAUAAUAAAAUUAUCUGGAAUUCCUUAUUGUCUGGCUUGAAGUA